AAGGCUUGGAUAGAGGCAUAUAGCUGCAUCAACGCACAUAGACCAUCAUGGUCUUCUAGUGUAUCAAUUAAUUCCUAGAGUGGGGGCUACUGAAGAAGGAAAGACUUGAAAAUCACAGAAAAAAAAUCUGUCCCUUCACUCUCACUCAACAAAACCAAAGAUCACAAAUACCACCCACAUCACAGUAGAGAGAGAGACCACCCACACCACAGCAGAGAGAGAGAGAGAGAGAGAGAGAGAGAGAGAGAGAGAGAGAAUGCCUUCAAAGAAACUGCCUUUUGGCUUCUUCGUCAUCCUUUCUGCUAUGUCCUUCCAUGCUUCCUCAGACUCACCACCACCACCUCCACAACAGCAACAGCAGCAGCAAGAAGAAAAGAGAGGAAACACGGGGAGGAGAAGGGCCUUGAAGAAACUCCCCCUCAUCCUCUUCUUCGUCCUCUCUACAAUCACUAUCCUUCGACUCCUCUGGAUCAUGACCAGCACUUCGUCUUCCUCUCCUGCACCUCUUUUAUGGGGCUCAUCCCCCCUACAAGGGUGCCCCACUCAAUCCCCUGGCUGUGUAAAGGCCCCUCCACAAGCAUCAAACAACCUCACACACCACACUACUGCCCCUAAGGCUGCCAACCUCACCACCAAGGAAAUCCGCCUCCUAUCAGAUCUCAUCUCAUCCAAAGCACCAUGCAACCUUCUCGUCUUCGGACUCAAUCCCCAAUUCUCUCUGCUCGUUGCACUCAAUGCCGGCGGCACCACCAUCUUUCUUGAAGAUGACGUCGAAAAGAUCAGAGCAACCACUGCAAAAAUUAAUGCUACACAAAUCUACAAGGUUGAGCACAACAUGGAAGCUGGCAAAGCAUAUGAACUUCUCAGACGUGCCAGGGCAGACCCCACUUGCACACCUCAAGCAGGGCCGCUCCAAGCCUCAGGUUGCCCACUAGCACUGGCACUGCUGCCGAAGGUGGUUUAUGAACGCAAAUGGGAUGUGGUGUUGAUUGAUGGACCAAGUGGACACAACAUGGAAGCACCAGGCCGAAUGGCAGCAAUCUACAGUGCUGGUGUGAUGGCAAGAACUGGAAAUGCAGCUGAUGUCUUGGUCCAUGACAUAGACCGGAUGAUUGAGAAGUGGUACUCGUGGGAGUUUUUGUGUGACGAAAACUUGGUUUCUUCCAAAGGGAAACUGUGGCAUUUUAGGAUUGUAGGUAACUCAAAUUCUACUAGUUUCUGCUCUAAUGAAGCCAUUCAUAUCGACUAGUAUCCCUUCGGUCUGGGUGAAAUGGAGAAAAAAAAGUCUGCAGAUGCGGGUAUUUCGGUCGAGCAGAACCUGCAGCUUUGGGGAAGAAGGCGAAGUAAUGAAUUCGCAUGCGACGACAACCUGGUGAUAUGUAUCCCAGAAAAGUAUGCGAAGGUCUUAAGCCUCCGUUCUUAGAAAGGAUACUAGAAUCGUAUUGCUACUACAGACCAGCUGGUACCAAUGAGAAACAAAGUAGUAAGUCCUGAAAAUGCAAUGAGAAAGUGACUGCGAUGAGAACGAGAUAAUCAUGUAAAGAUGAAACACGAGCCUGUUUUGUUGCAAUUGUGAGCAUAUAAAAGAAGAGGAGACGCGCUAAGGAUAUUUGCAUGGGAUUGACGCUUUCUUCUCAGUACAUGUGCCAACAUGACAAGUGCAGCAUUUAGGCCAUUCAUCAGGUUGGUUCCAUCGUGAAGUUUGCCUGAAGUUCAGGAAAGUUCACCCAAUGCACCAAUUAGGUGGGCAACAUGUAUGAGAAAAAUGGAUAUUUAGGAAACAAAGUAACAGUUGGAAGCUCAACAUCAUGAUUGGGGAUGUCCACUUCUUGCUCGUUUUACAGACACUCCAUUAAAGGAGACAGGUUGUCAAUCAUAUGACACAGGUUCAACAACAGGAUGGUAGAGACAUGGACUCUCGUGCUCCCUUGAUCUGGAAAUUAGGCAUGUACUAUGCAACAGAUUAUUUUUAUUUUUAUUUUUUUAAUCUUUUGAGUGUGUAUUUGCCUAUUGACUGCUCCAUCAACUAUAUUCUUUCUACAUAUA